AUGGUAUUUAGUUCAGAUGCUUGCGAAAGAGAUGGUGACACCCAAGAUACUGAACUGCAAGAUGAACUUGAGCCACCAUAUACUGUACAUUUAAUGGAUAACUUUGUUCCUGGUUCAGAGUCUGAUGAAUCUGAGAUAAUACCUUUCCAGGAGGUUGAAAAUUUUAGGUUAGGAAAUGCUGACUCUACCACAGGAGGAGAGGAGAAUGAAGGUAUGAAAUGGAAUCUUAGUUUUCAAGUCAGAUUUGCAUUUUUUAUGUUAUUUUUUAGUAAACAUAAAGAUGAAAAGGAAAUUGCUCAGUUGCCAGCCCCAUCAAAAAUAAAGAAAAACACUCAGAUAGACAGAGAACGAACUUUGGAUGCACUCAGGAAUGAAGGUGACUUUCUGUAUAACAUUGAAGUACUCAAAAAUCCAUGUGACAGAAGGGAACUCAUAGUUUCUCGAAGACCAGAAAAAGGAGUGCAUGUAAAAGCAGACUACCUUCCCUGCAAACAUUGUCUAAGGUUCUAUGUAAAAGGCGAUCUUUGGAGACAUGGGCAAAGGUGCAAGUUUUCACCGGAUCCUCUUUGUUCAGAAACAGUUACCUUAAAUGAAGAAGUUAAGGUACAGAGUAAGAUGGUAGCUUCGGGAAUGCGAAUACUCUAUGGGGCAGGAGUCAGAUUAGCAAAGGAGAAUGGGCAAGAUACAGAAAGAGAAGAGUUCUAUGUUCACGUGUUACAAGCACUGCAAGAUGAUGCGAUUGGAAAGCGGGUCAAAAAUUAUUCUGGCAUCUUAAUGUUUGGCAGGACGCAAUUUGAAAGACUUGGCCGAAGAAGAGCUGGGGAAGUCAGAUACAGGAUGCGACUUCUAGAAAGAAUCAAAGAAGAAUUAAGAUCAAUCUGCAAUGAUGACAGCACUGAAUUGUCAAAUUUUUUAGCACCUGAUAAAUUUGAUGCUUUGGUUGAAGCAGUACGUAGGACAGUGGGUGUCAGUGAUGAGAGAAGUCUUAAUGGCGUUAUAAUGUUCUCAAAACCAGAAUUAGCAAAGAAAACUGGACAAUUGAUUAGUAAGUUCGCAGAAAUGAUCGAAGGAAGACUGGUUGUGGAUAGAGACAUGGAAAGAAGGAAAGAUGUCGCAGACUUUUAAUACUUGUACUCGAAACAGUGGUCAACUAAAAUUGGAAGUAUAGCACACCAAACUUCAGUGGAAAGAAGGUUCAACAAAAAACAGCUUUUACCCCUCACUGAAGAUUUAGUGAAAUUACAAACUUUCUUAGACAAAAAGAUGAAAGACGCUGAGAAAGAUUUGUUGAGUGAACCAGGAAAGCAAAAUUGGCGAGCAUUUGCAAAUUAUUUACUAACAAAAAUUACUCUGUUCAACUUUAGACGUGGAAAUGAGUGUGCAGCAAUGCAAGUUACUAAGUAUCUAGAAAGAGCAGAUUGGAGGACUGGAAACACCGAAAUUUACAACUCCCUCAACAAAUUAGAGUGUGAAUUGGCUAAAAAGUAUGUAACAUUUUGGCUUAUAUUUUGUACUUAUUUUUUUUCCCUUUAAGCAUUGAAAUAUUAGGGGUGUAACAAUUAAAUAGUAUAUUGUUUAAUUUAAUUUCAAUAUGGUUCACAAUAUACGAUGAUAUGAACAAACUGUACUGAAUGGUACAGUAUUGUUUAUACCCAAUCUCAAGUGGAUUAAUUCUAUUAUUUAUAGAAUUGAAACAAAAUGGUUACAGUUGAGUUUGUGUCAUAAAUAUAGAAAUAUUUUGGCUUAGAUAUUGGAAGUGAGAUUCAGUCAGAAAUGUUCAAAUUUUGAUUUUCUAUAUAGGAAAUAUUUCCUUUGUAAAUUGCCAACGAGCAUUUUUAGCUCACCUGUCACAAAGUGACAGGGUGAGCUUUUGUGAUCGCUUUUCGUCCGGCGUCCGUCCGGUGUCCGUCUGUCCGUAAACUUUUACUUUAAAUGACAUCUCCUCAUAAACCACUAAGCCAAUUUCAUCCAAACUUCACAGGAAUGUUCCUUUGGUGGUCACCUUUAAAAAUUGUUCAAAGAAUUUAAUUCAAUGCAGAACUCUGGUUGCCAUGGCAACCGAAAGAAAAAACUUUAAAUAUCUUCUUUUAAAAAACCAUAAGAGCUAGAGCUUAGAUAUAUGGCAUGAAACAUCUUCUAGUGAGUGUCUACCAAGUUUGUUCAAAUAAAAGCCCUGGGGUCAAAAUUGGCCCCGCCCCGGGGGGUCAUUGAUUUUCCCUAUAUGCAUAUAGUAAAAACUUAAAAAAAACUUCUUUUAAAGAACCCAAAGAGCUAGAACUAAGAUAUUUAGCAUCAAACAUGUUCUAAUGGGUGUCUACCAAGUUUGUUCAAAUAAAAGCCCUGGGGUCAAAAUUGGCCCCGCCCCGGGGGGUCAUUGAUUUUCCCUAUAUGCAUAU